AACACCCCUAUUUCUCUCACUGCCCCUCUUUUCCUUCCCCCUCGCGCUCAUACAUACACAACCACAAGCAGCCCCCUCACUCUCCCCUCACACACCCGCUGCACCGCCCCCUCUAUCCAGCAGGGGGCUUCUCCCUGGCUCUCCACACAGAGCUGGCUUUGCAUUAGCCUCAACAAUAAUAACGCUAGCACAGCAUAGCUUGGCCGCACAUCCCUAGAACUCCGGGUAGCAGCAGACAAAAGGCAGAAAGGGGCUGAGAUGCUGGAAGCAAGGAGCUAGCUACUCACACACCCACCCACUCUCUCUCUCUCUCUCUCUCUCUCUCUCUCUCUCUCUCUCUCUCUCUCUCUCUCUCUCUCUCCCUCUCUCUCUCUCUCUGAUCAGGGUCUGCUCUCACAUCAGGAGGGUUAGAAGCUCGCAGUUACCCAGGAAAAACAAUUCCUUGCCAAUUCCUCUGAUUUUCAUAACUGGGAAGGGAAGCAAGGCUUGCAAAGGAAAGAAAACUAUCCCCCUAGCUGCCCCAGCCCACAGACUCCACUGAGUCGGCAGUGAAGACUCAAGACUUUAUCAGAGGAUAAAAAAAUACAAAAUCUGCAAUCAGGGAGAAAGCAGCAGCAGGAUUCAUGGAGAUGUCUGACACGUUGAUUCAGCAGGAGAGACUGCAGGCUAUAGCGGAGAAACGGAAGCGACAGACGGAGAUUGAGAACAAACGAAGACAACUGGAGGAUGAGCGGAGACAGCUGCAGCAUCUCAAGUCGAAGGCUCUGCGGGAGCGAUGGCUGCUGGACGGAGCGCCCUCUGCUGCUUCAGAGGAAGAUGAAGCCAUGAAGAAACAACUGCAAGAGGACGAGGCCAAGACCAAGGGACUGGAGGAGACCAUUCAGAGUCUGGAGCAGGAGUUGGAGGAGCUUGAGACAGGUGUAUCAGCCACUUCCACCAAAGAGAACCUGUCUGAGGUGACAAAUGAGGAGAGUGGGAAGACGGGAGACCACACUGAGAAAACUCUUUCCGGCUCAGUCAAAGUGGUUCACACAGUGCGGGCAGGGGAUGGUGCCAUAGAGAACGGGCUCCUGAGUUCCACUGAGGUGGAGGAGCUGAUCCACAAAGCGGACGAGGUUUCAAUGAGCGACACCUCGGCGAGCAAGGAUGGCGAAGGUACCCCCAAGUCCACCCUACAGACCCCCAAGAAGGAAAUCACUGGCAUUGAAGCCAAGUCUGCAGCCAGCCCCCAAGCCACCGACAAUCCCAGCUCUAAUGCCAGCCUGGAGCACCCAGUCACUAUGGUUUUCAUGGGCUACCAGAAUGUGGAAGACGAGGCAGAGACCAGCAAAGUGCUGGGGCUUGAAGGCACGGUGAAGGCAGAGUUGGUGGUGAUUGAAGAUGGGAAUGGGAAAGGGGGUGCAGGGGAGGGGAAGGAGGGGCAGGAAGAGCAGCAGCAAGCUCCACCCAACGGGAGCACCUCAGAACCUCCGAAGAAUCAAGAAGGAGGGGAGAAGGGUGAGGCCGAACCCGGAGCUGGAGAGGUCAAUACCAAGGAGAAACAGCCUUGCAAAUGUUGUGCGGUCAUGUGAACCUGCCCUUACCAAACUGGAAUUUUGAGGAAAACAAACAAACAAACAAAUACAUUAUGUUUCUUUUGAGAGACUGUCCCCCCUUUGUUUUUUGCACCUGAAGUACAACUACCAUGAAACAGUGUUAUCAGGUUUUCAGGGCUUACAGAAUACCUUGUAUAAGUUCAUAUAUGCAGUCGACCCUGUCUUUUAUGGAGUGUCGAGAACAGACAGCUGACCCUGUUUCCUAUCGAUAAGGCACUCUCAGAAAAUAAUAGAUUGGAUCAACUGUGCAUAUAAAGUUAUUAUAAAUCAUGUUUAAAUUUAAAAAAGAUAGUUAAAGCUGUCUUUUGAAGUUUUUCAGUUUGUGGUCUACUGUGCACAAAACAGCAUAGAUGGCAAAAUAAAAUGUACUGGAAUGUUCUGAAAUCCUGUCUGAAAGUGGCGAGUUAUAAGUUUAUAAUACUGUUUACAACAAAGACAAUACUGGGUUGCAAGUGAUAUAGCGCAGUCACAGGAGGGGGUACAGUGUUGGAGCAUAACGCACUGCGUAUAAUCCAUUACUGUAAUCUGAUUACAUUUUUCAGUAACUUGUAACUGGAAUGGUUUCUUUUAAAGAUCAGUAACACAUUAUAUUUGAUGCGGAAAAAAUAACAUGGUUAUGUGUCUCCUUUUAUGGUGCUUGCCAUCAUUUGAAGUGCUUUUUAUUGGUGCCUUGCCUUUGAGAUCAGGGGCUUUGACUAGGAGACCAUUAGCUGUGGCUAAUGUAUAAUGCAAAAACCAGAAAAGCUUCAGCAGUGUAAAUCAAAACUUACCUGUCAAACGAACAUGCUCUUUAUAUCAUCUUGUUAGAAAUUGGCAUCAGAGGGGCAACUAGUGGGUUCGAUGGCUGGAUCUCUGUAAAAUGCAAACUGUGCCUAUUUGUAAGUGCAACUAGUAAUAAGUUACUGUAAUUAGUUACAGUUUUGUUCAAGUAAAUUGUGACCAUAAUGGAUUGCUUUUUAAAAGUAACUCCCGCAACACUGGCUACAGAUUCAGUGGCUGACAGAAGGCGAUUUCUUUGUGGAAAGGGGUCCGGUUUCAUUGCCAGUGGACUAUAACCCAGGAUGAAUAAAGCACCAAAACAAUCGUGACUAUGCUGAAAAAAGGAAUGGCUGCAAUUCCACAGAGUGAUGCGUUUGUUGUAAACACUACAGCUUCUUGCUGUAAGCCUUUAAGGGUUGUAGGGGAGUAGCCAUCAUCCUCUCUUCCCUUGUCUUUCUAUUUUCGUCUCUAUGAAUUCAAUACUGAUGCCCUGGGUGCUCUGUGUUAAAGAGUAACUUGGUAGGGGGCAGAAAUACCAGAUCAGUGUAUUCUUCUUUUGCCAGUCACCACAUCCUAGCGACCUUUUAAAACUCAGAUGGUAAAAGCGCCCCUGUACAGCUGGUACACCAGAGUGUAACUAUUAACCUGCCCCCCUGAAACACACUGCCCGCACUGGAUGUAACUUUAAACCCCACUGGAUGUAACUCUUAUUGGUGUAUUUUUUGCAUCCACUAGGGUGUGUUGCAGGGGGCACAAGUUAAUGUUACACUCUGAAUACCAGCUGUAUAUAGAUUCCAGAAGCCUUUCACGACUCAGGGGUGCUUUUACAAAAAACAGGAUGUGGUGACUGAAACAGAAACGAAUAUACAAAGUCAUUCUAAAGAAGAGGAGUGCAUUCAUUAAGAUCCUCAUAUUUCAGACGCAUAAAGGAUGCUCAUUGAUCCUGUUGGUUUUUCCCCCCUACCUAGGUUUUCGAUCCUCUUAUUUGCGUCACUUAAUACAACACACAACACAAUGGUAAGAGGUCUGUGUGUGAGCAGGGUUGGGAGUUUGAGUAAGUAUUAAAGGGAUCUCCAGUUUAAUAUCCGAUUUUGUUGUGUCUGAUUCUCUAUUGUAGCUUUGAUCAUCAUUUUCUACCUAGCCAUUCCAGAUAAAUAGUGUUGAAUAGGAUUCAUCACACAGCGCAACGCUAAUAUGCUUCAUUGUUUCCCGACAAUCAGUAUUGAGGAGUCUUUUCAGAAGCAAUGUUAGAGCAACUACUGGUCUAAUCAGAAACUACAAUGGAGACUCAUGCAGAACGCACACAGUUUAUACCAUGGAGUCCUGUAGUUAGUCCACAGAUAAGGAUUGCUGGAGAACCCUGACAAGCCCCCGAAGGUGGAGUAUUACAGCUAUCCUCGUUAAUGGAGUAUUCUGUUAAUGUAACAAGCACAAUGUAGAGAAAAGAAAGUAUGUUUAAUCACACAUUGAAAAGAUGAAUUCAGAGAAUGACUUCCCUUCGAUCGAGCUCUGCAUCUGCUUGGAUUUGAAGGACUGCAAGAUUUCCAAACGAGAUCCUGUAGCGCUGUAGUGUUGAACACAACAAACGUUAUUCCACUCUGACUCAAAUCGCAUUGUAUAAAAUAGGGCACUAAACAGAUAAGCGAUAUUUAAAAAAAAAAAAAAAAAACAUUUUCAAUUGGCACACCUUGGGAGAGUGAAUUUUAGAUAAACUUUAAAGCUAUGGGAAGUUUGGCCCCUAAAAAUCAAGUGAAGAUAAUUCCAGCUCUAUAUUUAUUCCAGAGACGUCCUGUCUGUGUUCAGGGGUGGGGGAGUCAAUGUGAUAGUAUGUAUUUCAAUGGUAUUGUUGCUUUCUUAUUAUUGAAAGACUGCCAGAUUCCCAAAGAGAAGGCAAGGAGUCUAUUGUUGAACAGUGUGAAUCAAUCGCUUAAUAUGAGCAUUGCUGUUUUCUUCUGUCUUUGUUAUUUCAUUUCUUAUGCUGCGUCUGAAAAGUGUCCUCUUGUCGUGACUUUACCAAUUAAAAUCCUGUUUUUUGUUUCA